AUGUCCACACCUCAUCUCGACGCUCUCCAACGCGACGGCUUCGUCGUUGUCCCCAACCUCCUCAGCCCCUCCGAAAUCUCCCACUACCGCUCCAUCGCCACAAAAGCAACCACCAAAACCCGCACCGGCGGCUGGCCACACUUCCGUACCGUCCCUAAACAAUUCCCACCAUGGCCUACAACACCUCCGCCAGCUUCCGAGGGCGGAAUCUGGGGUGUUCAACACCUGAUGCACCCUGAUAUGGAGGACCGACAGUCUUUCGCAAAGUGCUAUUUCUCCGAUUCCAUUCUUAAGGUCGUCCAGGAGCUUUUGGGCGUUAAAGAAGCUGGUCCCGACGAGCCUCUUGUCAUGGAACUAUUCAAUCUUCUCGUCGCGCCUGAAACAAAGGACUUCGAGCUCCGCUGGCAUCGUGAUGAUAUCCCCGAGACAGCUACGGCCGAGGAAGAGGUAGCCCAAUUAGCUGCCAAGUCGCCUGGCGGGAAGCAGUCGCAUGCGCAAUACAAUCUUGCUUUAUGUCCUGAUGCAUCGCUUAUUGUUGUACCGGGAUCUCAUCGUCGUGCGCGCACAGAUACAGAGCGUAAUGCGGAGCCGUAUGCGGCAUCUUUGCCGGAUCAGUUGAUUGUGAAGCUUCAGCCUGGUGAUGCUGUCUUUUAUGAUAGUAAUAUUUUGCAUCGGGGAGUUUAUAAGGGUAAGGAGGAGGGUGGUGAGGAGACGAGAUUGACUCUUCAUGGAAGUUUCGGCUUGAAGGCUGCUGGGGAGGGAGAUGAUGAGAAGAAGAAGGUUCGUGCUACAGCUGUGCUGCAGCAUGGUGUUGGUGCUUGGGUGCAUCGUGAUGAUGCUUCUUUCGGGAUUGGAGAGAGGCCUGAGAAGAUGCGUGCGAACUUGGUGGCUAUGGGGUCUGGAGAGGGCAUUGGGUAUUCUUUGCAGGGGUAG